CAAAUUCAACAUUUUUUAAUUUACUGGCGAGUACAACUAUCUAGUGAGACUUGCAAUUUAAAUAGUAGUAGAACAAGAGCCUAGCUAAUGACAUUGUGCCUAACCCCAAUAUGCAAAUAUUUCUUCUAUAAGUAAUAUAAUUAUAUAGAGAGAUCGAGUGUGAUUGAGAUAGAUAGUGAGAGAGAGAAUGGAGAGCAAGAGAGAAAUAAAACACAUACUGGUUGUCAAGUUCAAUGAAGGUGCAACAGAGCAACAGAUUGAAGAAUGCAUCAAACAGUUUUGCAACCUUGUUGAUCUCGUUCCUUCAAUCAAGGCCUUCAAAUGGGGCAAAGAGAUGGGCAUAGUAAACCUGAACCAAGGCUUCACUCAUGUGUUUGAAGCAACAUUUGAAAGUGCAGAAGACGUUGCAGCCUAUGUUUCUAAUCCAAAUCACGCCAACUAUGCAAGCUUGUUGAUGCCUCUUGUCGAGAAGUUCGUCGUUCUCGAUUUCGAGCCCGUCGGAAAACCCCAACCUUGAAUUUAAUACUCCUAUGAUGUAAUUCCUAUGAUUUGGCUGUGCUUGUGGAACGUUUUCUGCUUGAAAUAAAUCAAUAAUGUAAGCGAGGUAUGAUACACUGUGAUUCUAGUUUUUGUUCAAAA